GACUGACAACCUGACGACGCUAUGGCUGGUUUCUCCACAUUCAUCAUCUUUACCUCUGUGCUCUGUCAGAUCCCAGUGACAGCAAAAACUUCUGGAACUCUGAAGGAGAUGGUUGGUGCCCUUGGUGGAUCUGUGACCUUCAGUCUGAAUUUCACAGAAAAACAGGUUCACACUAUUGUAUGGACCUUCAAGACAAUUUCUUUUGCCAUCAUAGUUAAGGACAAAGUCAUAGUGCCUCAAAAUCAUAACAAAGAAAGGAUUGUCUUCCCAGAUGGAAGCUACUCCAUGACACUUAGCCAGUUGAAGAAGAAUGACUCAGGUGUCUACCGGGCAGAGAUUCACAGUACAUCUCUUGAGUCUCCCUUCACCCAGGAAUAUGUGCUGUAUGUCUAUGAGUAUCUCUCAAGGCCCAAAGUCACCUUGAAUGGGCAAGACAACAUGAAUGGUACCUGCACAACCAACCUGACAUGCUCCAUGGACAAGGGAGGAGAGAAUGUGACCUACAGCUGGAAAGCCAUUGGGCAUGGAGUCAAUGAAUCUUAUGAUGGUGCCGUCCUCCCCAUCUCCUGGAGAUUGGGAGAAAAAGACAAGACUUUAAUUUGCAUGGCCAAGAAUCCCAUCAGCCAAAGUUCCUCAAUCCCCACCCACAUCCAGGAUCUCUGUGGAGAUGCUGCCAAGGACCUAAAUUCAUCCAGCAUCAUCCUAUAUAUCCUGCCAGUGUUAAUUGUACUGGGUCUCUUGCUGGUGAUUAUUCCUGUUGCUAUGCAUACAGAGAAAGGAAAAGUUUCCAAGGAAGACAUGGAGAAAGUGGACAUCCACCAGGAAAAGCCAAACUUCUGUCCCCACUUGGAAGAGAAUCCAGAAUAUGACACAAUCCCUUACAUGAACGAAACAAAUAUGGAAGAGGUAGCAGCAAACACACUUUAUUCCACUGUGCAGAUUCCCAAAGUGGUGAAGAGUCCCAACUCCCUGCUUGCAAUGCCACCUACGUCAAGGCCGUUAAGCUUUGAAAAUAUUAUCUAGACAGCAGUACUCUCUCUUCUCAGUCCAGCUAAACAUGAAGAAUUCACCAUUCUCAGCAGAAAUGGAAACUUCUAUUGCAGAUUGAAUGUAAAUGCCUCCUUGUGCAUUUGCAUACAGAUGGCGAAGACCAGACUUAAGGAGUUUCAAAGAACAAUGACUCUUGGGGAUUGGCAUGGAGCUCAUUCCUAUUUCAUUUAGUGGAGAAAUUUGUUUCUAGACACCACAACACCAAUGCUGUGACACAGCCAUACUCCCUUUGUUCGUAUUUAUAGUAAGAAAUCAAAACAAAGAAAAGAAACAGGAAAAUGAAGAAAAUAUGCAGUUUGAUAAACAGCAUGAAUGCAUUUAAAGUUGUUGGGAAAUUGGGUAUACACAAAAAAGCUGCAACGGUUAAAGAGAAGAGCUGCAUUGAAGAGUAACCCCCCAGACUUUGCACUAGGACAGUAGAAAAGAAGCACUGAGAGCAAGGCCCUAUCUAUCAAGAACUCCAACUGAAAAGCCCAUUUGAAAAGAUUUCAUUUAAAAGGAAGAAUGUCUGAACACAGAGCAUCCUACUUCAUACAUUAGACUGAAAAUGCGUUUCUCUGGAUUCACCUGCGCGGGUUCUCAGAGCCUGCUGAAGCCCUGACUCAAGGGGGUGUGGCUCUACCCUGGACCAUCUGCAGAAUUUGGCAAUGUCCAUAUGCUGGUGCCUUUGCUUACAGGCAGAAUGUAGAAGCUAGGAGCCACUGAGACUUGCUCUGAGUAUACAUCAAGGUUGGUCUUUCUGAGUGGAACUGCCAAGCAACCUUGCAUGAAACUAUGCAGGCAAAGCCUAGGUUGCAGUAUAGACUCCAAGAUACUGAAGCUGCCAGGAACAUGAAGCAUCUGCUGAGAAAACUUCAGGCACUGAAUAUACCCAAGAAAGAGGUCAUGUGUGCUUUUGUUAGAAUAAAAAAGGCCUCCCCAAAUCAACUGGAGCAUACAUGAUGCCACAGCGUACCCAGGAUGCCAGAUACGGAGCUUCAGGAUUUACAU